CAAAACCGAAUGCAGCGUCCGGCGUUACUUCCAAUCCAAACCAUUUUCAGGCAAGCACCGGCAGGGAUCCGUUAAUGCAGAUGGCCUCCGACCCGGGAAAUCCGAGAUCUAAACGCACCGUGAUCAGGAUCACAUAUUUAUUGGCUGCCAUCGACAUUUCGUGUCUGUUCAUGCAGUUUGCGGUGACCCCACAAUUAGGGAAAACUCUUGGCUUGGACACUGUCGGAUUCGGCUACCUCCAGACGGUCUUUGGGAUUCUGCAGCUUAUAGGGGGUCCCGUCUUUGGAAGGUUCUCGGAUCAGUACGGCCCUCGGGCAGCCCUCCUGCUGUCCUUUCUCUCUGCCUCUGUGUAUUACCUGAUUCUGGCCUUCACCACCAGCAUACCAUUCCUGUUCCUGUCCAGACUUCCAUCCGUCUUCAUGCAUGGACUGCCAGGAGCUCAGAUGAUUGUGACAGAUAUGACGGCUGACAAAGAACGAGCGGAUUCGCUGGGGAUCCUCGGACUCUGUUUUGGAGUUGGGAUUAUCAUCGGAUCCUCUCUGGGAGGGUACCUGGCCACGCACUACGGCCUUUAUACCCCCUCCUUCAUCUCGCUGGCCGUCAGCCUCCUGAGCUGCGUGAUCGUGAUGGCCUACAUACCGACCCAAACCAAACCCAAGAGAGUAGAACCGGCAUCUGGAAAAAACCCCUCAAAGGCCUCCAGCGUCUUUAACUUCACUGAACUCGGGCGGCUUCUGGAGUUUCCGGGCGUCACGGCGAUUUUCAUCAUAAAAAUUCUUUCCGGAUUCCCAUUAGGUCUUUUUAUGAUCAUGUUCCCAGUUACUUCUGUUGACUUUUUCCAACUGGACACAGCAGGUGCUGGAUAUUUAAUGUCGUAUUUCGGUAUACUCCAACUGGUGGUUCAGGGACUUAUGGUGGGACUUCUCAUCAAUCGAUUCACAGAAGAUACCCUGCUUGUAGUGAGCAUGGUGGUCUCCAUUGGAGUUGGACUUGCAAUGACGCUUAUGACCAACGUGUGGCACUUCUGCGUGAUCGCCGCCCCAAUGAUAUUUGUCUUGUGCAUCUCAGGAAUUAUCACAGACAGCAUAUUGACCAAGGCUGUUCCACCAUCGGACACAGGUGCCAUGCUGGGGAUAUGUGCCUCCAUUCAACCUUUCACCCGAACGAUCGGCCCAACUAUUGGGGGGUACCUCUAUAAGCACUACGGGGUGCCAUCAUUUGGCUUAUUUAACAUGAUAAUUAGCUUUUUAGUAUUACUCUAUCUUUCUAAAGUUCCGGCUAAUCGAACAGAAGUGAAAAGUAAAUAGCAUUUUCGCCAAAUUCCUUUAUUCUUGCAUUUCUAUUUUGGAGUCAUUUAGAAGAAAAUUAUUUUGAAUUAAUCUUACUUUAGGACUGAUUUAUUUAAUAUAUUAAUAGACAAAAAAAGCUCAUUCACAACCGUAUUUAAAGUUCUUUUUUUUAAAAAAAAGGCACAAAAUUUAAGGCAAAAAAUAAUUUGGUUAGAGUUCCACUUUUUUUUGCGAGGGUCUAAAUUGAUCACAUGACGGCAGAAAAUAAAAUCAGUCUGCCGUUUUUGAACGAGACGCUACCUGGAAUAAGCUGCAACGCGACUCACCUGGCACACCCUGAACCUUAAACAUCCGGAGAUUUUCUAAUUAUAUUUCCCGAGCGUGAGAACCUAAAA